GGUAGUAGAUAAAAAUCUUUUAUGUUACAGGUAUCUUUAACAAAAGAAUUACCAAAUAAAAUAUGUAAUCCAUGCAUUAAUAAAGUACAAGAUGUAUACAUUUUCCAUCAAACAAUUAAUCAAAACGAAUUAAUUUUACAACAAAAAUUAAGUAAUAAGCUAUGUAAUGAGAUUAAGUAUGGAAACAGUAUCAAACAAGAAAACGAACUAUCUGUUAACAAAAGCUCAAUAAGUGGAGAAGAGCUAGAAAAUUUAGAAACUGUCGUAAAAUCAGAAUUAACCGAGGCUUCAAAAUAUAGUACUUAUUAUGAAGAUGAUAACUUGUACUUGAAUGACUUAAACAAUGAAAAUUCUCUAAAUAAUAUUGAUUCAGAAGAGAAACGUACAUCUCAUAAAAAUCUAAGUAACAUUAAUACAGAUGACAUACCUACAAAUAUAUUAACUGAAAAUAAAAAUUUAAUUAUUGACACUUCAGCAAAAAUUGACGAAUUAAAAAGGCAUAUGUGUUUAACAUGCUUCGAAAUAUUUCCUAAUCCAAGAGAAUUAUUAAACCACUACCGUACAAUAGAACUAGAGCGAUACAAUACAAAUAAUAUUGGUAACAAUGACAAAACCGAGCCCGUUCAAUAUAAACUGUAUGAAUCUGAAGAUGGUACUUUAGUGUAUAAAUGUGAGAAAUGUGAUAGGAAAUAUGUACACAAGGCUUUAAUUGAGAGGCAUAUUAAGAGUCAUAUUGAGAAGAGGCCAUUUUUGUGCAAAUUGUGUGGUAAGAUAUGUCUUUUAACUUUUAUAACUUAGAGGUUGUAAUUCAAUAGUGGCGUAUCCUCUCUUAAAACCGGCUAGACUAUUUAUAUACACAAGAUUGUAAAUAUUGGUAUGUGACAACAAUUUCAUUAUUUUUUUUGUAUGUAAUAUGUGUGAUGUGCCUAUGGAGUGGCCUAGUCCUUGUAGACUAAAAUUCUUUAAAUUAAGCAACAAAAAAAACUAAGAAUAAAAUAAAAUUAAAUAAAUAAAAGUACCUAUAAAAUAA